AUGUCCAACAUAUCCAAACUCAUCCCAACCGACCCAGAGAAGGUGAUGAUAAUUCGCAAACUCACCCCCGAUAUCAUGACCUGCAGCACGCCCUUCCUCCGCAUGGGAAGAAUCAAAAUCGGCGGAAGAGGCACAAUCGUACGAAUGGCAACCGGAUCUCUAGCCGUAUUCUCUCCCGUCGCCUUGACAGAAACCGUCAAGAAAGAAACCAACGACAUGGGAACCGUUCGAUACCUCGUAGCACUAGACCAAGAACAUCACAUGUUUCUAGAAAGCUGGCACAAGGCCUACCCAGAAGCCAAAAUCCUCGCCCCAGAAACCCUCCCCUCUCUCCGCGCCCAACAAAAAUACUCCAACCUCCCCGCCUCCAACCUCCACCUCUUCCGCAAAUCAGACCCCAGUCCCCCUUCCGUCGACCCACCCUUCGACUCCGAAUUCCAAACCGAAUACGUCUGGUCGCACACCAACAAAGAACUGAUCUUCCACCACAAACCCUCCCGCACUCUAAUCGAAGCAGACCUCCUCUUCAACCUACCCGCAACAGAGCAAUUCUCCAAGACCUCUACGUCGGCAAAUACCGGGCUUCUCACGAAACUCGUGAUUGGACUGCAGAAUACGCAAGGGACGGCGAUUUGGCAGAAGAGGUUGCUGUGGUAUGCGCUCAGUGCGACGGAUCGGGGGGAGUUUAAUGAGAGUAUGAAGAGGAUUUCGGAGUGGGGGUUUGAGAGGAUUGUGCCGUGUCAUGGGGAUGUGAUUGAGAGGGAUGGGAAGGGGGUUUUUGAGAAGGUGAUGGAGUGGCAUUUGGAGGCUGCGAAGAAGAGUGGUUGA